GGUGUUUCGACAUUUUUCCCUUUUUGACCCUGAACUUUUAUCUAUUGCUAUUUGGGCCCAUAAAGUCGUACGCUAUAAACCCAUCAUCCUUAACCGAUUCCAACCCAGUCUCGGCCGCAGCAGGGUACAGGAUACAGGCACAAUCGAUCAAGCUGAUCCAUCAAAAUCUGAAGUAAAAGAAGAAAAUCUAGCUCAGAAAAUGGUUGUUAGGCUUCGUUUAUCGAGGUUUGGAUGCAAAAACAAGCCAUUUUAUCGAGUCAUGGCUGCUGACAGCAGAUCUCCAAGAGAUGGGAAGCAUUUGGAAGUCUUGGGUUACUACAAUCCAUUGCCAGGUCAGGAUGGGGGCAAACGAAUGGGCCUGAAUUUCGACAGAAUUAAAUACUGGUUAUCCGUUGGUGCGCAGCCUUCAGAACCUGUUGAGCGCCUUCUUUUCAGAUCAGGGCUUCUUCCUCCACCACCAAUGCUUGCAAUGGGCCAAAAGGGUGGACCACGAGACACCCGUCCUAUUGACCCUUUAACUGGCCGUGUCAUUGCUCCAAAGGGUUGUUCCACUGCUGAUGAGUCAGGAGGCAGUGAAGGUGUAGAAAAAGAUGCAGAAGAUGCCACAUCAAACCCGUGAUGCUCUGUUUGUUUUACAAUUACUGGUUUCCUUCAGCUCCUGUUUGUUUGUGUGUUCCUGGGGCUUUGACAGCCUUGAUUCCUGCUCAGAUUUCAGACCAAGUAAUCUGAUUUUUCUUAUUGAAAACUUUAGGGAGCUAAAGGAAUCUUAGAUCUUUAAAAGACGAAAUUUUUUACAAGGUCAUGUAAUGCUCUUGCUGCUCUGCAGUUUAGCUAGAGAAUUUGAUACUUUGCUCCAUAUGUGGGUAGAUUGAGGUGAUUUACAUAUGAUAUCUGUGAUUGUAAAAAUCUCCUUUAGGAGUGAAAACAAUCUAGCAGGUCUCUUUUUCUUUGUA